CAGCAAGUCGUUUAAACGAUCAGACAAAGCUGUGCUCGAGAUCUUGAUGUUCAUUGAUUCAUCGCAUUCACCAAGUCCCCAAUGCCCACUCAUUGUGCACCAAUAUCAGCAGAUUCAGUUGGUUUGCCUUUGGCGUGUUUUGGAAGCAGUGGAAAUUCAGUUCUCGGUUUUCAAACGCCCAAACUCCAACCAAGAUUGGUGUUUCUGGGUAAAAGCAACGAUAACACUGUAGAAGUUGGUAAUAUGACAAAGAUUCCACUUCCCAAUGUCAGAUCAAAGCCUAUCAACACAUCCAAAUCCUAAGAAGCACAACAGAAACUCUUUCUCUGUAUCAUCCACAGCUCACACCCACAGCAAAUCCAGUUCUUCCACCCAGAAGCAAUACCACGCUGCUAUCUUGCAAAUUGGCUCUCGAUUCAUUAGAGCAGGAUUUGCUGGUGAUACAUUUCCAAUAUCAACAGUAUUGACGAAUGAGACAAGAUGGAAAUACAGAAUUCCCAAGCAAAUUAAAAAGAAUUCUACCAGCUGCAAUGAUUUGUACUACCUGAACCAUUGCUUACCUCCUAGUGUUUCGCGUAACGAUAAUAGUGGAGAGAGUGAUAGCAUCGAUGAUAAAUUGACAUUACAGUACACUAAGGACAUUCUAUCAAAACAAUACUUGUUCAGCUACGACAGCACAUUUGGUAGUAUAGAAGGAAUUGAUGAGAAUUCAUUGUGUGAGAACAUUGUUCUAAAAAUAUUAUCCAAAAUAUACCAAGAGGAUUUGUUGGUGGACCCAUCCAGCUGCAAAAUAAUAAUAAUCGAGCCCCCAUUAUUUCCUUUACACUUGAAAAAGAUAAUAUCAAAUGUACUUUUGAAGAAGUUAUUUGCAAAAUCUCUUCUAUUUAUUUGCGAGCCAGCUUUGUCCUGUCUAGGUUCAGGCACCAGAAAUGCAUUGGUUGUUGAUUUGGGCUGGGAAAAUAUCACUGUCAGCCCAGUCUACGAUAUGAGAUUGAUUUAUAAAAAUAUUCAGACUUCGACAAGAGCAGGGAAGUUUUUACAUUACACAAUAUUAAAGAGAUUUUUGUCUGAGAAGGUUAUAAAGAAGAAAUCUGGGUUUAAGUCCACAUCCAAACUAUUUAAUAUAAUCGAAGAGUUUGUGUUUCAGGCUGUAUAUUGUCGCACAGUAGAUGAGUCGGUUAGAGAAAGGAUACACAGUGAAGAGAACAAUUUUAGAUUGAUAUCCAAAGAGAAUUCCAAUGAUUUUUUGGAUAUUCCAGACAAAUUGCGGUUUGAAUCAGUUGAACAUACGUUGUUUCCAUCAUCUGCAGAACUAGAUAAUCCCGAUGACGACGAGUUUUCAGUGGUUGACUUGAUUUUAAAAGUUAUUGAAAAGGUGCCGAUUGAUCUAAGAAGAGAGUUGUCAGACAAUAUUAUUUUCACUGGCGGAUUGUCUAACAUUCCUGGCGUAAAGGCAAGGACAUUGCAAGAGUUAAGAAAGAAAAAGCCCAAUGCAAAAUUCUCUGCUAAUUUUUCUUUGGGUCCCUGGUCUGGUGCCAGCUUAUACUGCAAAACAAAAUUGGUGUCGGCUCCAGGUAGCUUGGUAAAGAGCCAUGAGCUACUAAGAGAUAAAUAUAUUAUUGAAAAUGAAACCAUUCAAAUUCCUGACUGGUUAGAUCAAAUCCAUCAAAAUACUUUUAAAUCGGCUUCUUAAUUGUGAGGGAAAAAACGUCAAUUGAAAUUAUAGAUCUUUUUUUUUUUUUGUAAUAACAAAAUGUACUUGAAAUUAAAGCAAAAUAA